GGCAAGCAAUAUAGCGGAUGAAAUGGAGGAAAAAACAUAGAAAUUAAAAUAUAUAGAUAGAUAGAAAUAUAGUAAGAGUAAAAAUUAAAGUUUUAUAUCAUGCUCCUGUAUAUACUUAAUAAGAAUAGAAGUUAGAGGCGAGUCCAUUAGAGUGAGAAGUGAGUAGAAAUUUAUAGGUUGUGGAAUAUUUUCAGGUAGCACAUCAUACAAAGAGUACAAAGAGUAAUUUGUUGUUUAUCGCCUAACUGUCAACAGUGUCAAUCCGAGAGUUGUGUCGUCAUCAGAAUCUUCAAUGACGUUUCGAGUUUGGUCUAGUGACGUGUGUCAAAAGAUAUUUUAAAUUCAAUAUUUACAAUAAAUAGUUUAACAGGUCCCCUAAAAGUAGUUUAACAUGUUCUUAUAAUCCAAAAGAAUUUAUUGGGAUACAAUUCUGCCCUAAGAUUUAUAGAUGGAAACAACCCUAUUUUUGCUGUCAAAUAAUGCUGUCAAGUCCGAAAAUAACCAUAAAUAGGUGGCGCUACAAUACCUAGAAUACUUGAGAAAAAAAUCUAAUCAUGGACAGCGCACUUCACUCCGUCAAUAACGCCUAGGUUCUUAGCUACUCUAGCGCUACUCUGGAGAGAUUUGGAACUAUUAUUUAUAGCUGACAGCUUUGCAACAGUUCUACCAUAAGAGAUGUCACUCCUCUUAAUUCCACACUCCAUACUGUCAAGCUUUCAUUCUUUUAAUCAAUCUAGUUCUGGCGGUAAACCGCCAAGUUUUAGGUAGUGGAGUGAAGUAGUGUUUGAUAAGAUAACACAAAUGUUAUCCGCGAAUUACUAAGUUUGUGAUGAAUUAAGUUGAAGGCAUAUAUUUUCACUCAGCUUUAUAAGUAAAAAUGGAUGAGAAACAUGUCGAAGAAGAUAACGUUAGUGAAAUCGCAACCAAAAUAAGAAAACCAUGGUACAAGUACGUCACAGUGGAACCCACCAUGUUCUUAUACAUGAUGGCCUACAUGAUCACAGAAGUUAUAGAACAAACAUUCUAUGUGUUCCGCGCUUGUACUGUUGAUCAUGGAUACAGUGAAGAAAUAUGUUACAACAUAACUGGUUACAAACAAAUCAAUCUAGAAGUGCAGGUCACAGUGUCAAACUUCCACCAGUGGAAUGGUGUGGCCUGGCAUAUUGUGCCAGUGUUCCUCGCCUUUUUCUUGGGCGCUUAUAGUGACAAGAGAGGAAGAAAGUCUAUCAUGUUGGCUGGAUUGAUUGGAAAAUUGUAUUUUUCUAUGAUGCUUACUCUUAACUCAAUGAAAGAUUGGCCUGUAAUGUAUGUGAUAUAUACUGCUAAAAUCCCCAGUGCCUUCACCGGUGCUGACUUAGCAAUAUUCGCAGGUGCAUUUGCUUACAUAGCCGAUGUGUCUUCCGCCAAAAGUAGAACCUUUAGAGUUGGUAUAUUAGACGCUGUUUAUUUAAGUACCAUGCCUCUAGGGGUUUUUAUAGGUAAUAUAAUAUACGUGAAAUUUGUGAAUAAAUCUUUCACAACUAUGUUCGUGAUCAACACGACUCUCAUCUUACUAGCGACUCUGCACUGUCUCUUCUUCCUCAAAUGGCAGACGAGGCCCGAGCAGAUGUCACUGCGGGACGCCGGCGUCAAAAAUCCUAUCGUGGAUUUCUUUGACUUAAAAAAUGUGAAGCAAACAAUGUUGACUUUGGUGAAAAAGAGGAGUAACCAUCGCACAUUGUUUUUAUGGUUCCUACUUAUAUCGAUGGCUUUGUAUACAUUUCAAAGAGAUGAGCGGCCGUAUAUGUACCUGUAUGUCCAGAACGUGUUCGAAUGGGACCCGACCGCCUACAGCAACUUCAGGACGUAUGUUAGCACAGCCUACGUGUUGACCAUGUUUGUAGGCAUACCCUUGAUGACCAAGAUGUUCCAUUGGAGAGAUACGGUCAUAGUAAUGCUAGGAGCCGCUUCCCACAUGUUAGGCCACUUUUUGUAUGCGCAAGCAACUGUGUCUAAGACUUUGUACAUAGGCGGCACGGUGGCUGCGCUUGGUCCGUGUGUCGCACCCUUAGUUCGCUCCAUGACUUCUAAAAUACUGCCGACUGCUGAAAGAGGUGUGGCAUAUGCCUUUUUGUCGGUGAUGGAGAACGCUGUGGCGAUGUUCGGCUCCAUCAUAUAUUCGCAGGUGUAUAACGUUACGCUCGGCACCAACUAUGUCAACGCCAUUUUUUAUCUCACCAUCAGCACGCAGGCUGUUGUGUUUCUAUUUGCUCUGUGUAUGGAAAUAACGUUAAGAGGUCGACGUCUCGAAUCGCUGCUGCCACACGAGGAGAGGGAGAUACAAUCGUAUAUUCGCCGGUGACACUUACGCCAUUGGAGUAAAGUCUGUUGCCAGUAGGGUGGACUGUUCAAGUUAGUCAGGGUCUGCCGUUUAACUGAAGCGGUUGGUAAGAAGUUAUUAUGGACAGCUACGGACUCAUUGAAGGCUUGCCGCUACUCUGUAAUAAUAAUAUGUUAAGUGACUAAAAUAAAACGUUACGAUACUAGUGCGAAAAGUAGGAAAUUACCUUUUCGCACGUGUUUUGUACAACGUUUUACAGUACAUAUGUCCCUUUAAAUUGUCGACGUAGGCUCGUAAAUAUAUGUACCGUAAAUUAUUUACGAUACAAGUGUGGAAAGUUAGAAAUUCGCAACGAGUAUUGAAAAUUAAAACACGACCGAAGGGAGUAUUUUAAAUCGAUAUGAGUUGCGAAUUUCUUCCUAUAAUUCGGACUUAUAUCGUAAUGUACUAUUACAGUACAUAAUGGUGCUACUUUCCCGCCAGCGUGCGGGAAUGAGCACUUUCCUUGCAUAUGUUGAAACAAAUAACUAAUAUGAACUAGGUUAGUCCCAUAACUCAGCUAUCAGCUAUAUUCUACGAGGAAACCAACUUAUUUACUAACCGCCUGAGAUAAGUGCUAGUCCUAUAGAGUUAGACUAAGCUAAGUUGGCAGCUAUUUUAAACGUCAACCUUCUAUGAAAAUAUGACGUUUAAAUAACCCUUGCACAGUCUGGUCUAUCUAAAUCGCUGCCAACUUAGUUUGGUUUAACUCUAGUGCUAUUCUGCUUACUAAAAUUGCAAUUGUUGCUGUGAUAAAACAUCGAAUACUGUAAUUGUUACUUUUACAAAAUGUUUUGAUUACUUAUACAGUAUAUU